AUGUCGAACAUGGACCGCAGCCUGGACGAAAUCAUUGCUGAGCGUCCUCAACAGCAGCGACAGAAUCGCGGCCGUCGCCCUCAAGGUCGUCGCAAUGACGGCGUCAAAAAGUCUCACAGAGAAGACCGUGUCGACCUAGAUCUGGAUUGGGUACACGACAAGUACGAAGACGACAGAGAUAGUGCGUUUGAACUUCACCCGACGGCUUCCGGCCGACUAUGUUUUAACACUGCUCUCAGCACGCCCGACCCGUGCCCAUCGCCGACCCCGCGGCGAUCGCUAUUCCCCCUCGGGGGAUACGAUCUGUUCUCGCGCAUCGGCCCCGUCUCGAACCUAACCCUUGUUUACGACCGCGCCGGCCGCUCCGAGGGCGUCGCCUUCGUCACCUACAGCCGUGUCAGCGACGCCCGCACCGCCAUCAGCGAGUUCGACGGCGCAAACGCCAAGGGUCAGCCCAUCCGCAUCACCCUCGUGUCCACCGGUGGCGGCCGACGAGACCGCAACCCCUUCGACAACGUCGAGCGCCCCCGCGGCAGUCUGUUCGACCGUGUUGAGCGCCCCCGCAAUGCGCGCAGCUUGAGCCCUGGCGGUAGUGAUGGCGAAGGUGGUUCCCGUCGGCGGAGAGGUGGUGGCGGUGGUCGGCGCGCUGGAGGUGGUGGUGGACGGUACCGUCGCAGCGACGUGUCGAAGCCCCCGCCCGACCACAUCGACCGGUAUGUCCCCGGAGAGCGGUCGCCGGGUCCUCGGGCGAGCAGUGGUCGGCGACAGGGCGGCGGUGGCGGUGACGGCCGUCGGAUGGUCAACGGACGUCCGCGCAAGACUCAGGAAGAGCUGGAUGCUGAGAUGGAUGACUACUGGCUGUGCGAUGCUGCGCUGAGCGCGACAAGAGCUAUUCCCGAGCAACCCCCGCAGGUUGCGCCUGCGUCUACGGCCGCAGCGGGUGAUGAUGAUAUCGACAUGAUUGAGUGA